CCUUUUGUUAUUGUUACUGACCAUUUGGCUCUAAAAUGGCUCCAAACUAGUGCAUUAAAGGGCAAAAGAGCUCGCUGGAUCCUACGUCUUCAGCCAUAUAAUUUUACUAUUGUUUAUCAGGCUGGUCAAACACAUAAUAAUACAGAUGCAUUAUUCAGAAUGGUCAAAGACGAAUGUAAUACAUUUAAUCCUCACCAAAAAGCAGCUGAUAUGAGAAAUAUUGAUGAAGCAUAUAAAAAAGAUACGAUUUUGAAACCCCCACAAAAUCCAGAAGACCAGGCCGAAGGUUCGACAAAAGAGGUUGAAGAUGAAGAGGAGUUUGAGCAGUAUCUGGAAAAUAAAAGGCAACAUAGAGAGUUAGUUCAGCAAUUGAACAAUGAAUUCUAUGGAGAAAUAGCCUUGACGGUACAAAUGGGAUAUCAAUCAUCAUCAGAAUCUGAUCACGAAAUUGAAAUAGAUAUUAAUGAUGAAUAUAUAAUCAACUCACCCAAAUA